CUUCAGCGGUUCCUGAGGUACUUGUCGGUCAAAGAAUGGCAGAGGCGAUUUCAAUUAACCAGGAUAUUUUUAUCUGUCCGAUUUGUUUGGAUCUACUUAAGGAUCCAGUGACUCUUAACUGUGGGCACAGUUACUGCACGGGCUGCAUUAAGGGCUGCUGGGAUCAGGAAGAUCCGACGGGAGUUUACAGCUGCCCACAAUGCAGACAGACUUUCACUCCGAGACCUGUUUUAAACAAAAAUAGUGUUGUUGGUGAGCUUGUGGAACAACUAAGGAAGACCAGAAUUCAAGGUAGUGCUUCUUCUCAGUGUUAUGCUGGACCUGGAGAUGUGGAGUGUGACAGCUGCACCGGGAGAAAACUGAAAGCCGUCAAGUCAUGCUUGGCGUGUUUGUUGUCGUACUGUGAGACUCAUCUCCAGCGCCAUGAUGAACUCUCAGGGAAAAGACACAACGUGGUCGAUGUCACAGGUCAGCUACAGGACAAGAUCUGCGCUCAACACCAGAAGCUCCUGGAGGUAUUUUGUCGCACGGAUCAGAGUUGCGUCUGUGUGCUAUGUCUAGAUGAACACAAAGGCCAUGAGAUGGUCACAGCUGCAGCUGAGAGAACGGAGAAACAGAAAGAGAUGGAGGAGACCAAGAGGAAAGUCCAGCAGACACUCCAGGAGAGAGAGAAGGAGCUGCUGGAGCUGAGGAAGGCUGUGGAGACUCUCAAGAGCUCUGCACAGACAGCAGUGGAGGACAGUGAGAGGAUCUUUACUGAGAUGAUCCGCUCCAUUGAUAGAAGGCGCUCUGAGGUGACAGAGCUGAUCAGAACUCAGGAGAAGGCUGAGGUGAGUCAGGCUGAAGGACUCCUGAAGAGACUGGAGCAGGAGAUUGCUGAGCUGAAGAGGAGAGAUGCUGAACUGGAGCAGCUUUCACAAACAGACGAUCACAUCCAUUUCCUUAAGAAAUUUCAGAUGGUCAGCCCUCAACCUCAGUCUGAAGAUUUGUCUGGCAUCUUUGUCAGCCAAAGCUUGUCUUAUGAGGCUGUGAAGAAAUCCGUCUCCACACUGAAGGGGCAGUUGGAGAACUUCUUAAAAUCGGAAGUCAUGAAGAUCUCUGCAGCAGUGUUUGAUGUCCAGGCUGUUUUGACUGAGCCAGUAACCAGAGAGGAUUUCUUAAAGUAUUCCUGUCACUUCACACUGGAUCCAAACACAGCAGACAGAAGCCUCCAUCUGUCUGAGGGGAACAGGUGGGUGGAGAGGAGAGCUGAGCGCCAGUCAUAUCCUGAUCAUCCAGAGAGAUUUGAUGUGUGGGAACAGGUGCUGUGUAGAGAGGGUGUGUCUGGACGCUGCUACUGGGAGGUGGAGUGGAUUGGGAAGGUUGCUAUAGCAGUCUCAUAUAAAAGCAUCAGCAGGAAAGGAUGGUAUGAUGAGUGUAGGUUUGGAUUUAAUAAUCAAUCCUGGAGGCUGGGACUAUCCGGCCGCAGCUCCUCAUUCAGGAAUAAUAAUAAAAAGACUAAACUCCCUCUAGUGACCAGCUCCAGAAUAGGAGUGUAUGUGGAUCACAGGGCAGGAACUCUGGCCUUCUACAGCAUCUCUGACACAAUGACCCUCCUGCACAGAGUCCAGAACACAUUCACUCAAACACUCUACCCUGGGUUUUAUAUAAAUACUAGUGCAUCAGUCAAGCUGUUGUGACCCACACGGUAUGCAGCAGGACAGAAAUGUAAAAAAAAACAAAACAGAUACAGAUAGAUGCUGUUAUCACAUCCACACACACACACACACACACACACACACACACACAUUCCAUCUCAUUAGCACACAUAUAAGCCACUCACAUGUGAAGAUCUGUCUGUUGCCUCUGAGCUGCCUGAGACUGUGUUUUUGAGAUAAACAAAAUACCAAAUCCACUCCCUCAUCUCUGGACCCCAGCAGAUAUUAGCUUCUGCACCUCUGCACCUCUGCUGGAACACUCAUCAGCACACCAGACAUAAGCUAUUGGGUGGGAAGUGUGAUGAUUAGCCCAGUGUAUCUGAUCCUCCCCCACAACCCAUUUCCCCUCCUCCCCCAGGUUUUUCAGGCUUUCAAUCCCUCUGUAAUUGGGCACAUGUCUGAUUGAAGGGCUACUGUGAAACUAUUUAGAUUGGAGUGAAUUAUCAUAAAUGUCAUAAAUCUUUAUGAGAAUGUUAUCAGCAGACGUCAUUAAAAUAACAUACUGUAUAUAAUAUUUUUAUUUAAUGUGAUCGCUACUUUAGAAGCUAUUCCUGAAAGUGCAGAAUAUGCUCCUCAUUGGAUAUGUAAAUGAUAACACCUGAGAUUAGGAGAAUAACACAAAAAUGUGUGUGUGGUUUUUUUUGUAUGUUUUUUUAUGUUGUUUGUUUCAU